UUUUCCACACUCACUCCGGAGCGACCACACAAAGAUAAAAAUUUGUAAGAAAAUAACUUCAUCAGUGGGGGAAAAACUUUUUGGCUAUCAUUGUUUAUAUUUUAUCUUCUUCUGGCGUCACUGGAAAGUAUGAUAAGAAUUUUAUUUGCCUCAGUAACUUGGAGCUGAUAGCGUGGCCAAUGAACAGUUCAUAUUCGUUGAAUCCGUAGCCGAGAGCACAGUCGAAACCAGUUGUUUGUUAAUUAUAUCGUGAUUCGUGAUAAAAUUAGAUUUCAGAUAACAUCUAAUUAGUGAACAUGGACCAAAAGGAAGGAUACCAGUAUCAACAACCUCCACCAUCUUAUGAAUCUUCGACCGGAAACUACCAGCAACAGGCCUACACACCUGGACCACCACCAGUUGUUCCUCCCCAGCCAGCCCCAACAACAACGCAUCACGUAACAUAUCACAUGCAACCAACGGUAGUCAUCACCCCUGUCGGACCGCAUCCCGUAUACGUCACGUGCCCCUCAUGCCGCCAGUACACCCUCACACGAAUGGAAUAUGAGCCAAGCUCAAAAACGCAUUUAAUGGCUGCUCUGCUGUGCCUGGUCGGAUGCUUCAUCUGCGCAUGCUUACCGUAUUGCAUGGAUAGUUGCAUGAAUGGCAAUCAUUACUGCUCCAACUGCGGUGCUUUUAUUGGCACCUACAGUAAUUAGCAUAAAUCAAUAGAUACACGUCAUUUCGCAUUCUCAACCACCCAACCGGAACCAGAUAUAUUUAUUUAGUUGAUAGUGUAUGAUAGUCGCACCUGUGUGAAUUAUGGCGGAAUGAAAACACCGUGAAGAUGUAGAGAAAAUUCACGAAAUUUAACAAUUUUCAAAACUCCUUGUUUUCAGAUAUUUACGACGCAAUUAAGAUUAAGAUAAGAAUAUCUUACUUUUUACAAGGCAAACCUAGAGAUAAAAUGUUAUAAAGAAAUUAUUACAAAUAUUGUAAAUUUUAUGCUAAGCUUUCAUAAAUAUUAUGAAUAUUAUGAAAAUGUGAUUUUUAAGAAUUAUAACUGAAUAAGACUCCUAA